AAGACCAUAAAAAAAGAAAGAAAUAAUUAAAAAGGAAAAGAAGAAGAGAGAGAAAUAGAGGAAUAUCAAGUGGGUGAGGAGAUUCGUUUUCAGUUGGAAGCAUCUCAGAGCCAAUGGAGUGGAGGCGUCGGACCAAGAAGCAGGUUCAGGCUCAGCCGCGGUUGGAGCGCCUCAACGCCAAAAAGGGCUUCAAUUACGAACCACCACCGUCUCCGCCGUCUCCUUCUUCAACCUCUUCUUCAUCUCAUUUCGAUCGCCAAACCAGCUUCCGCCUCUACGGCAUCGACGGCGAGUUCGACCGCAUCUUCCAGACCUUGGGUCUCUCCGGCCCGGAAGACUUCGCCAUCCCAACCGCUGACUGGGAAGCCCGCAAGGCCCGCGUUGCUUCCUCCAACGCCCCCGGGCCCACCCCCACCCCUAACGCGGUUAUCCACUCUUCUACCGAGAUCCACCCUCUUUCCGUCACCGCUACUUCUGCGGCUACCCUCCAAGACGAUGUCGUUUCAGUUCACGUUUCCGUUAUUGGUUCCUCCCCUUGGUCCUCCGGGGAGCAUGACGCGGGUAGGGGUAGUGUCGGCAGGUUGAGGAACGGAGAAAGGAGCGUGCUUUUCACCGAUUCAGGUUCCUUCACUACUUCCCACGAUGAUGACAGUGACAUUGGCGGCGAGAGGGUUAGUUCGGUUUCUAAUUCCGCCGCCCCGGAUGAGCUGGUUGUGCCUUUUGUUUCCUCCUUUUCCUUUGAGUGGUUCAGACGGACUUUCUCCUCCUGGCAAAAAGGUGACGUCUUGGGAAAUGGGUCUUUCGGAACCGUCUAUGAAGGCUUCACUGAUGAGGGAUUCUUUUUUGCGGUGAAGGAGGUGUCUUUGUUGGAUGAAGGUAAUCAGGGAAAACAGAGCUUUUUCCAACUUCAGCAGGAAAUAUCUCUUUUGAGUAAGUUCGAGCAUAAAAACAUAGUUCGAUAUUAUGGCUCGGACAAGGACAAAAGUAAAUUAUAUAUCUUCCUUGAGCUUAUGUCAAAAGGGUCAUUAGCAAGUCUCUAUCAAAAGUAUCGUUUAAACGAUUCCCAAGUUUCUGCAUACACAAGGCAGAUUUUAUGUGGCUUGAAGUAUCUUCAUGAUCAUAAUGUGGUUCACAGGGACAUCAAGUGUGCUAAUAUACUGGUUGAUGUAAGUGGGGCUGUCAAGCUUGCAGAUUUUGGGUUGGCAAAGGCAACAAAAUUUAAUGAUGUUAGGUCAAGCAAAGGCUCCCCUUACUGGAUGGCCCCUGAGGUUGUUAACUUAAAGGACCAAGGUGGUUAUGGGUUAGCCGCCGACAUAUGGAGCUUAGGGUGUACAGUUUUGGAGAUGUUGACACGCCAACCUCCUUAUUCGGAUUUGGAAGGAAUGCAAGCAUUGUUUCGGAUUGGCAAGGGUGAACUUCCAAGUAUUCCGGAUUAUUUAUCUAAGGAUGCCCAAGAUUUCAUUCUUGAAUGCUUACAAAUUAACCCAAAUAAACGUCCAACUGCAGCUCAGCUAUUGUAUCACCCAUUUCUAAGGAGAACAUUACUGUCUCCCUUGAGUUUUGCUUCUCCACAAAGGAACAUGUAUCGGUCAUAAUUAUUAGAGUUCUAAAUCACCACCAAAACUGGCGCUGCGAAGUUCAAGUUUAUCCAUACUCAUCUUGGGUCUACAGAUAUCUUGAGUUGCAUUUAACAACUCUCAGCUGAUUGUUUAUCUAAACGAUCUCAUCUCAGCCCUUGAAUGUUGAUCCCAUGGUGAAUUCAUGGAGGGGGAAGAAUGCAUCAUUAUCAGAGUCUCACGGAGGUGUAAGUUUGACCUCUAUGCAAAAUGAGAGAGAAAAGGCUCUGUAAUCCAACAAUGUGGAUCUUCUUACUAAAUUUGGUGCCCACCAGGACGUUGCUAUGGCCAAGUACAACAGUUGUUGGUCAUCUGAUCAUGUUGCACCUACUCACUAGAUUCUAUCAGGAGCUCAUGUUCUUGCGGAAAAAUUCUACAUCCUAUCAACAUGUAAAUAGUUAGGAAAGGGACGGGUGCAAGCAAUGUGCUAUGAUAGAGCAGCAAUUGAAGUAGAAAUAUUGCAGUUUUUUUUUUCUUAGCACAAUUAAACAGUACAUAAUUGCAACAGCACCCUCCCCACCCCACUUGUAUUUAUUCUCUUUUGUAUAAUAUGUGGCUAUUUCCAGAUGUAUAUCAAAUUUUGACCACUAGGGGUGUCAGUGUAAACUUUUAUUUAUAUGUAGAAAAAAAUUUGUUUACUUAA